AUGCAGGGAACUCUUGACUCGUUUAUUUCUUCCAAAAAACAGCUAACUGGACCUGUAUUUACUUCUCAGGAAAUUAGAGAUCGCGGGUCGCUUUUCGUCGCCAAUAUCUACCAUGCAACGACUCCUCAAGAAGCAAAGGCGCGUGUCGAGCAAAUGAAACGCGUCGUCCAUAGUGCCAAACCAGCCGCCCAUGAAAUCUCAGCGUGGAGAUGCAUGGUAUUAAAACCAGGCAAGUCAGGGCUCAAUGGUCCUGAAGAUUUUGAGCUUCAAGCCGGGAGCAGGGACGACGGUGAAAGCUGGGCAGGAGCCAAAGUUUUGGCCGUCAUGGAAAGACUGAGCAUUCUCGAUGCAGUAGUCAUAGUCAGUCGAUGGUGGGGAGGCACUCUUCUUGGGCCCGCCAGAUUCACCCAUAUCGAAACCUGUGCGCUCGAGGUCUGUCGACUGUUCAAAGACAAGGAGGAAUUGGCCGAGCUACAAGCACUCCUGGAAAGCCUGGAUGACCUCCUUGCAGAUCUGCGUCAAGAAUACGGACUCCUUUCUAAAUUGCCCUCCACUGAGCCCAGCACGCCGACCAGCUCUCAAAUCGAUUCAGCAUCGACGGUGCGGAAGAAGUCGAAUUACUCGGGAAUGGAUGCCCAAAAGUUGAAACGGCUCAUACGUGCCCGGGAGGGCUCUAUCACUUCUGUAAAGGCCCUGAUCGCCAAACGUCAGAAACAGCUACCGGAAGAGCAAGAAGACGAACAGACACCACCGCAAUGA